AUGGGGGGACUGAAUAUUGGUAGCAUUCGAAAUAAAAACACAUCCCUGCUUUUCAAAUGGAUAUGGAGGCUGCUCCAUGACCCGGAUGCUCUAUGGCAGAAGGUGAUAAAAAACAAAUAUGGGUACACUAACGGUCUAACGGCCCAUGACCUGUGCAUUCCAUCUGGAAGCGGCCCAUGGAGAUUCAUAUGCUCCAGUAUUAUUAAUAACCCUACUGCUGGUGAUUUCCUAAAAUCGAAAAUAAGGAAAGCCAUUGGGAAUGGAAAAAACACCCUCUUCUGGCUUGAUAUCUGGGUUGGCAACGUUCCGUUAAAAAAUUGCUUCCCUCGCCUUUUCUCAAUCGCGAAUGAUUCCCAUGCAAGUGUGGCUUCUUGUGGCUCGUGGAAUAGUGGGAAUUGGGUAUGGAAUUUGGAAUGGAGAAGAUCCUUUCGACCAAGGGAUGAGGUUGAGUGGUCCAGUUUGCAGGUUCUCUUAAAAAGUGUAUGCUUAUCACAAGAAUCCGAGGAUUCCUUGAUUUGGACCCCACAUAAACUGGGCAUGUUCACUGUCAAAUCUUGCUCCUUGGAGCUAUCCAAACCAUCACCUCAGCUUCAUUCGAAGGUGAUAAACUGGAAAAGAAUGUGGAAAGGCCUAAUCCCACCGAGAGUAGAAGUGUUUACAUGGCUUGCACUAUUGGGGAAAAUAAGUUCAAAGAUGAAACUUGCCUCCAUGAACAUAAUUCCCUCCACUGAGGUGUAUUGCAUUUUUUGCUCAGAAUACCCGGAAUCCUCGGAACAUCUUCUUCUGCACUGCGCUUUCUCUCGCGAUUUAUGGAUGUGGUGGAUAAAUAUCUGGGAGAUAAAAUGGGUCUUCCCUCAAAAAUUACACGAGGCGUUUGAGCAGUGGAGUUGUGUCGAGAAAAAUCCAAAUUUCAAGAAGAUUUGGUGUGCAAUUUUUUCCAUCAUCAUAUGGACAAUUUGGAAGGAAAGAAAUGCUAGAGUGUUCAAAAACAUCUCAUGUUCCCUUGCUCAACUUCAGGAUUUGAUUUUAACUAGACUUAUGUGGUGGAUGAAAGGGUGGGGAGGUGAGUUCCCAUACUCGAUGGAUGAUGUUCUCCGUCAUCCGAAGUGCCUAUCUUGGCAACCCAGCUCAUUAGCCCUUGGCCCAAAAAAGCUAAAUCCAGACCAUGGUGUGUGGUUUCCCCCAAUGUCAGGCAGCCUAAAAUGGAAUGUUGAUGCCUCGGUCUCGGCAGGUGGUGUGAAGUCAGCCAUCGGAGGUGUUCUCAGGAAUUGUCAAGGUAAUUUUGUUUGUAUUUUCUCUUGCCCUAUUCCACCGAUAGAGAUAAAUUCUGCAGAAGUUUUGGCAAUAUUUCGGGCUAUCCAAAUAUGCAAAACCUUCGAUCAUCUAGCCCAUCAUCCCAUGACUGUAGAAUCGGACUCCAGAAAUGCUGUGGAGUGGUGUAACGAUCUCAACAGGGGCCCCUGGAAUCUAAAUUUCCAAUUAAACAGCAUUCGCAAUGCUAGAUCACUUUGGCCGGAAUUAUGCAUUGUUCACAGGAAGAGAGACUCAAAUAUGGUUGCAGAUGCUCUUGCCAAGCAAGGUUUAACAAGAGACGACGAAUUCUUGGCGUGGUUGUAG